CCCCUCGUUCUCCACUGCUUCUUUUUAUUUUCAUUCAAUACUUUUGUUCAAACUUCUUUUUAUUCUUCCUUCUUUGUGGUUUGGUCCGAAGGACUCAUUCACAAUCAUCCGGUAGUUCUCUCCGCCUCCUUAGCCGAUGGUUCUCCUCUGCGCUGCCGCAGCCGAUGGUUCUCCUCUGCGCUGCCGCAGCCGAUGGUUCUCCUCUGCGCUGCCGCAGCCGAUGGUUCUCCUCUGCGCUGCCGCAGCCGAUGGUUCUCCUCUGCGCUGCCGCAGCCGGUUGUUUCCUGCACUGCGGCCACCGGAUCCAGAUGUCCUAAUCCGCCACCGGAUCCAUAUGUCCUAAUCCGCCACCGGAUCCAUAUGUCCUAAUCCGCCACCGGAUCCAUACGUCCUAAUCCGCCACCGUAGCAUUUUGUUAUUUUCCGCCGUCGUUGCUUAAUAUAUGUUACGACAAUUCACGAAGAUUGUCGAUCCAGAGAUCAACUACUCGAAGGCCUUUCAAAUCAUGCAGGCCAGAGAUUGGACCCAUUUAACGCAAAGGCCUCCAGAGGCGUCAGCAAGUCCAAUUCACAUUGGAGAUCUGGUAGAUUUAUUGGGCCAUUUCAAAUCUCAUUCAGUACACCAAAAUCAUAACCUAAUUGCUCAAGUCAAUUUCUCUCUCAGCGUAGAGGCGGAGCAAUCUGCUUUCCGAGAUGGCUCGUUCCCAGCUUAGUCGAUCUCAGAGAAGAAGGGCUCAGAAAAAACGGGCACAGAAAAGACGCGCUCCCAGGAUUAAAUCAUGGAGGAAGAAAAGGCCCAGGUUGCUCUGUUCUAUCAUUAUUCAGAUCCGAGCAAUAUGCUGGGCUAUCGCUUUCAUUAGACAUUACGAAUUUAAGCUGAAGCUUCUUGGACAAAUGCCUUUGGAGGAGCACUUGUCCAUCCAGGCCUUGAUAAACCACACGCCGAAGAGAUACCUAAAAGCCGAUGGUACUUUCACAGAAGACUUAUCUGUGUUAGCUCGAGUGCUACAAGUUAAUGGGACUCUUCUUGACCGUGACUGUCCACUCACUGAAAGACUUGAUCAGGCUCCUAUCGAUGAUUCUGUAAGUGUAUUCAUUAGAGUUCUUUCUUUCUUUCAUUUUUUUCUGUCAUCAUCAGCUGUUUUCCUUUUUUUUUUGCAGAAUCUGCAGAAGUUCAUUCCUACUAAAGUUCGUGUUCAUUCGAUUUAUCCAAAACGAAACAGCAAUUUUAGUCAAAGGAGAUCUGAUGCCAUGAAUGCCCAGCUUGUCAAACAUGUGAGGGGUGGUUGUGUUGCUGCUCGUAUCGUAGUCUAUCCAUCUUACCUUAAAUUAGAAGGAAAGGAUAUCUACUAUCCCACGAAGUAUGAAUUGGAUUGUCUCGAGCCUGGUGGACACGUUGUUCUCUUAACUCAUUACGCUUAUGAUGCUAAUCGACGUCUCUACUACCAGUUUCAAGAGACUGCCGGUGUAGAAGUCUGUGAUGAGGGGUAUGCAUACGUUUAUGCUGAUUUAGUUACCCAUUUUCUUGAGAUCGAUGCGUGAUAUCUGUUGCUUUUUGAAUUUCUAUUCUACUUGCACUAGAAUGUUUCAGGUCUGUGAUUUUUGAAUGUUGGAUUGAGACCAGGAAAAAGCCUUAAACUAGAAGGUUCUAUAAUUAAAGGACUUAUUAAAAAAGUAUCUAUCUAAUUUAUUAAUUAUAGUAUAAAAUUAUUGUCAACACCCAAAUGUUGAUUAUAGUAUAAAAUUAUUGUAAUUGUAGUAAAUUCUGCUCCGAUUCGAGCAUACUCGUCCUCUUCCGGGUCCUAUUCAAACUACAUAAGAUUUGUUUUGACAAUAUCGUUCCCAAUGUUGAUUAUAGUAUAAAAUAAUAAUAAUUAUAGUAAGUUGAUU